AGGCCCUACGAGUGUCCCGAGUGCCAGAAGAGCUUUCAGACAAGCUCUGAUCUCCUCAGGCACCAGCUCAUUCACACUGGGGAGAGGCCUUUCUGCUGCCCUGAGUGUGGGAAGGGCUUCAAGCGCAACUCCCACCUCAUCAUCCACCAGCGCAUCCACACUGGGGAGAGGCCCUACCAGUGCCCCACCUGUGGGAAGAGGUUUCAGACCAGCUCAAAUCUCCGUCUGCAUGAGCGGAUUCACACAGAGGAGAGGCCCUUCCGCUGCCCUGACUGUGGGAAGGGAUUCAAGCAUAAGUUCACCCUCAUCAGGCACCAGCGCAUCCACACAGGGAAGAGGCCCUUCGAGUGUCCCCAGUGUGGGAAGAGUGUCACCCAGAGCUCUGACUUGACCAGUCACCAAUGGGAGCACCGGUAA